AUGUCUAACUCAGUAAAUAGAGCUGAAAAAAACAAUCUUGAGGACCACAGAGAGAACGGUGUGGAUAUUCCAGGUGUUGGUGUACCACCACGAAACUAUGGGAAUGCACCAGAACCGAUUCCUGUGGACACGGACUCACGCGAUGCCCAACACGUCGAUAUAAGCUCCCACACCAAUAAGAGAGUGCAUCAACGAGACAAAAAAGAAGUCCAGAAAACCCCGACUAGGGAAGAACGACAUGAAACUAUGGUUAAAUAUGAGGAAGAAAUGGAGGAAAAUCCUUUUGCGGAUAUAGAUGAGUACAUUGAGGAUACAAAUGCUAUUGUACCUCUGGUUGUUGGUGCUGCAACUUUCAAGCUGGGGGACGCAAGGAAAUGGCUUCAAAAUAUGCCACAAAAUCCCAUUCAUUCUUGGCGUGAACAUCUCCGAGCAUUCCUAGCUAAAUGGUUCCCCCAAAGCAAGAAAUCUGAGCUUUGGGAUAAUAUCUUCUUUUACAAGAAACUACCGGGAGAACAUUUAGAUGAGGCGUGUGAUCGAUUCAAGUUAUACUUGGCGAGGUCGUCCAAUCAUGGUUUUCCGGAUUCUAUAUUAUUGGAGAAAUUCUACAUGGGUUUAGAUGCUAUGAACCAAUCUAUAGCCAAGAAUGCAGCUGAUGGAUCUUUUAUGGACAAGACAUUCGCAAGGAUCACACAAAUCCUUGACAAAAUGGCACAACAUAAUCAAGCUUGGAACUCAGAGGACACCACUGGUGGAAUUGCAUAUGGUUCUCCCUCCAUGACCAACAUGAUUAAGGAAAAUCAAGAGAGAGAUCAAGUAAUCGCAGGGCUUGCCACCAAUGUCAAUGUGUUGACAAAGAUGUUCAUUGAGAGCCAAACAAAGAAGGUAAAUGUGGUGGAGGAUAUGCAACCAAUUCAAAUGAAAUCUUUGAGGAAGCAAACUAUGUCAAAAACUCUCAAGGAGGAUAUCAAAGGCAACAAUACCAAGGUCAAGGACAACAAAAUCAAUGGAUGCCUAACCCGCAAGGGCAAGAUGCAAAUGAGAGAUCUUUCUAGGGAACAAAAUCUGAAGCAAAAAGGGAGACUUCCAAGUGACACAAUUGCGAACCCAAAGGGUAGUGGGAGUGGUCCAACUUCUCAUUGCAUGGAAAUUACUACUCGGGGUGGGAAGUUAAUUCAACGAGAGAACGAACAAGUUGUUGAAGUGGAAGAGUCCGAACAAGAGGUUGAGGCACAAGUUGAAGAGCCAAUUGUUGUUGAAUCAAAAAGGGUUCUCGAAGAGUUGAAAGUGCAAGAAGUAAAUCGGGAAGAGGUAAAGGAAAAGGUAAAAGCGACACCAAAAACUCUACCACCUAUUCCUAGACCUCCUUCUCCAUUAACUCAGAGACAUGCUAGGAAGGUUGAUGAUAGAAAACUUGAAAAUUUCUAUGACAUUCUCAAGCAGUUAUCAGUGAAUAUUCCAUUUGUGGAAGCAUUUCAAGAGAUGCCGGGUUUUGCUAAAAAUUUGGAAGACUUGAUUACCAAGAAGUGA